AUGCCACAAUGUUUUAGUCAAAGUGAAUCCCGUGAAGCAAGUGAAGAUCAAGUUAACGAAAGUGAAAUGAGUAGUGAAAAUGAAGAAUCUGAGUUUGCAGUAGAUUAUAAAUUAUUUGUUAAAACAGCGGAUGGGGUUUUGUUACCUGCUAAAUGGUUCAAAGAAUCUGUAUCAACAGUUGAUAAAUUUCUUUUAUCCAUUCACGAUAAAAUUCUUUUGAUAACAAAGGAUAAUAAUAUUAUGCCAAAUGAAUACUCUGUGACAUUCAAAACGCAAAGAGAAACUGGCGCUGGCACCCAAUUGGUCGAUGAACAAGAUUUCAUAAAGUUCAAAUCUGAAUAUACAAAGUUAGCUGCUAGAAAAAGCGAUAUCGGGAUUUAUGUAACAAUUGUGCAACAAUCUACUCAAAACAAACGAAAAAAAAAGGAAUUGGAUUUAAGCGAAUGUGAAGAAGAUAAUGAAAGAUCAAACAAUUACAAAAACAAAAAUCAAGUCCCAAAUGUUUCGUCUUUGUCUUCACAUGAUAAAGAGAUUGCCGAAAAUGUGUUAAAAAUUAGAAAUGCAUAUCACUGUAAUGUGCAUAAUCAUCCCUGCAUAAAUAAAGAAAGCCACAAAGAUUUUCAUAUGAAAAUUACAUUUAUGAUGCUCUCGAUUUGGGCAUCUGAUAUGAACAAAGGACUGGCUACGGUCGAAAAUCCUCCAACACACCCUCUUUUUUCCUAUGCUAAUAUAUCAUCCAAAAAGCAGUUACCAUCUUCUUAUUUACAAUCACCACCAACUAUGUCAUCACAAAUGCCAUUAGUUUUACCAUAUUUGCCACCACAUGCACUACAUACACAAGUACAACUUACACAACCACAGACACAACUAUCACAAUCUCCACAAGUACAACUUACACAACCAUUGUCACCACAAACACAACUAUCACAAUCUCCACAAGUACAACUUACACAAUCAUCACUACAAGUACAAGUUGGGCAAUCAUCUUCACCACAUGCGCAACUUAUACAACUACUGCCACCACAUAUACAAUCGACACAAGUACAACUUGCACAACCACUGUCAUCACAAUUUGUACAACCAUCACAACUAUCGCCACCAUUAUCACAAGGACAACCCCAAUUUAUUCUACCAUCAUUUCCUUUACAGCAAACACCAUUGAUUUUACCGUCACUACCACAGUACAAUUGGGCUUUUGGAUCUCAACUGUUUCAAUCACACCAACCAACUUUAUAUAACCCAUAUCAAACAUUACCUCAUAUUUCUAUACAAUUUCAAGCAAUUCAAUCUAACCCACAUAUUUCUUCUACUUUACCUACUAUGGCAGAAUUUCUAAAAGAAGUAGACGAAGGAGAAGAAACAGGUAAUCAGUAUCAAAAUUUUUUAGAAAAAUUUAAUGCACAACGAAUUUUAGUAAAGCGAUUAAGAAGACUUACGGAUGAGGAAUUUACAAAAUUUGGAGUAGAGACUAUUGGUGAACGACAAACUCUGCGGGAAUAUGCUAAAAAAUAUCAAAGAUAA